CUCCCUGUUAGCACCAGUAUUCAGCGGGUCAUCACUGCAGCAAAGACCACAUCCAGCAAUCACAAACUCGGAAACACUUGGUGAUAAUGGGAACCCCAGAAGAGGAAGCGCCACGUCCGCCAUCAGACAUCACAGUGUUCGGGGCCAACUGUACCCUCCACGGCCUCAGCCACAUCUUCCUACCCGGCGGAGUGACCAUUCGACGGCUGCUUUGGGCCGCCGCAUUCAGCUCAUCCCUUUCCAUCUUCCUCUACCAAGUGGCCGACCGCGUGAUCGAGUACUACCAGUACCCCCAUGUCACCAUCCUGGAUGAGAUGGACAGUCCCGUCAUGUACUUCCCAGCCAUCACCAUCUGCAACUACAACAGCUAUCGAAAGUCCCAGAUCCGUAGGAACGACAUCUUCUGGAUGGCGGGGCUCUUGGGCGUGGAGCAAGGGGACUUUGAUGACUUCUUGGCCGCUUUGGGGCAGCCCACGGACGACAGCAAGUUUUUCCCCAGCAAGACCUUCAACAUGUUGGAGUUUGUGCAGCGGUGUAGCCACAACAUAGAUGAGAUGUUGCUUGACUGCAAAUAUCGAGGCAAGGACUGCGGUCCAGAGAACUUUACUACUAUUUACACGCGCUAUGGAAAAUGCUACACAUUCAACUCCGGAUUGGACGGCAACCCUUUGUUGACCACGUUGAAAGGCGGCACGGGGAACGGCCUGGAGAUCAUGUUGGACAUUCAGCAGGAUGAAUACCUGCCGGUUUGGGGAGAGACAGAUGAGACCUCCUACGAAGCAGGCAUCAAGGUUCAGAUCCACAGCCAGGACGAGCCUCCCUUCAUUGACCAACUGGGAUUUGGUGUGGCCCCUGGUUUUCAAACUUUUGUGUCAUGUCAACAACAACUGCUUCAGUACCUCCCGCCACCUUGGGGAGAUUGCAAGUCUACUCCGAUAGACUCUGAAUACUUCUCCACGUACAGCAUCACCGCCUGCCGCAUUGACUGUGAAACGCGGUACCUGCUGGAGAACUGCAACUGCAGAAUGGUUCAUAUGCCUGGGACCUCAACAGUUUGCACACCUGAGCAGUACAAAGACUGUGCUGACCCAGCUUUAGACUUUUUGGUAGAGAAAGACAACGAUUACUGUGUCUGUCAGACCCCCUGCAACAUGACCCGCUAUGGCAAGGAGCUGUCCAUGGUUAAGAUCCCCAGUAAGGCCUCUGCUAAAUAUCUGGCUAAGAAAUUCAACAAAACUGAGCAAUAUAUUGGAGAAAAUAUAUUGGUCAUGGACAUCUUCUUUGAAGCUCUGAAUUAUGAGAAGAUUGAGCAGAAGAAGGCCUAUGAAAUUGCAGGGCUCCUCGGUGACAUUGGAGGUCAGAUGGGGCUGUUUAUCGGAGCCAGUGUCUUAACAAUACUGGAAAUAUUUGACUACCUAUAUGAGGUGUUUAAGGAUAAGGUAUUGGGCUACUUCAUACGGAAGAAAAGACCACAGCGUUGUCAGAGCGACAAUCUGGAGUUUCCAGAGAACCCAACCAGCCCUGGUGUCACGCCUAAUCAUGCCCCCAGAGCACCUGUGACACCCUCCGGAGUCACUCGGACAGUCUCGGAUUCACGCCGAACAUGUUACCUCGUCACCCGACUCUAGGCAACUUUGAGGAGUUUGCUUGUU